GGAAACCUGCAGGCUCCAAAUACAGUCCAGAACGGAAGAGAGAAAGUGUGUAGCUGAGAAAAGCAGAUAGAAUAAUAAAUGGCUUUUCUGAGGUCGGUGGCCACGACAGUAAUCGCAGCAUCUGCCAUACCCGCAGCGUUAGCUUUCACCCCCCUCUCUUCUUCAUCUUCUUCAUCUUCAUCUCCUCUGAUUUCAAGAACAAGACAUCUUCCCUUCUUCUCCUCUACCUUGCUUGCCAGACUCGACUGCCUCGGCCUUGUUAGAAACUUCGCUCCACCGCUCUCUGCCCUUAGCAUGGACGCACCUCCAUCUCAUCACAACUCCUCCUCACAGGAGGACGGUGUUUUGCCGGAACUGCUGACAGAGUUUAUGGUGGAUAUGAAGUGUGAUGGUUGUGUUAACGCAGUCAAGAAUAAAUUACAGACUGUUAAUGGCGUCAAGAGUGUUGAGGUUGAUUUGGGCAAUCAAGUAGUCAGGAUUCUUGGUUCUUCGCCUGUAAAAACUAUGGCUGAUGCUUUGGAGCAAACAGGUCGAAAAGCUCGAUUAAUUGGCCAAGGGGUCCCUGCUGAUUUUCUUGUUUCGGCUGCUGUUGCUGAAUUCAAAGGUCCAGAUAUUUUUGGUGUGGUUCGCCUAGCUCAAGUGAGCAUGGAGUUAGCUAGGAUAGAAGCCAGCUUCAGCGGGUUGUCACCUGGAAGGCAUUUCUGGUCUAUAAAUGAAUUUGGUGAUUUAACUAAAGGUGCAGCAAGCACUGGUAAAGUGUUUAAUCCAACAUACCAAGCAGCUGCAAAAGAGCCAGUUGGCGACCUGGGAACAUUAGAAGUUGAUGAGAAAGGUGAAGCCUUCUUCUCGGGUGCUAAAUCAAUGCUAAGAGUUUCUGAUCUGAUUGGGCGAUCCAUAGUGGUUUAUGGAACUGAAGAUAAAUCAGAUCCUGGUGUCACAGCUGCAGUGAUUGCUCGAAGUGCUGGGGUAGGUGAGAACUACAAGAGGAUUUGCGCGUGUGAUGGAACUACCAUAUGGGAAUCGACUAAUGCAGAUUUUGUCACCAGCAAGGUCUAAUGAAUGAUCGUUAUGGUUAAAUUUUGAGAACGCAUUCAAACGGUGGAAUUGUUGUACUUCAUAGGAAUGAAAGCUGCCUGUAAAACUACAAGUUUCUGGUGUACCAAGUGGCACUUUGUUUUUCACCAUUUUGUGCUUCAUAAAAAGGCAAGGUCCUUGUAACUAUGAGAAAUUUCUUAUAAUAAAUAUUAGUUCUUGUUGGUAAA